AUGAUGGAAAAAAAUAUAAAAUUGCAUAUUAUUAAAAUUUCUAUGUUUUUCUUAACUUGGAUAUGCCAUUUUUACAAUGAUCUGAGUACAUUUAGUAAAUCCCUCGAUGAGAAUCGCUGUAUUAGUAGAAGAUUAGGUACAGGAACUUAUGGAUCACUAGCCAAAUAUGAAAUGAAUAAAAAUUCAUUUAAUAUUUGUUUAGAAGAAAAUAUUCGAAAUAAUGAAAUGAGCGAUAAAAAAGGUAUAUCUUAUAAUAAAAAAGGAAUCAAAAGAAAAAUCACUCUACCAAACAAAAAUUUAUUAAAUAAGGCACAAUACUACACAGAAGUUGUAGAUUAUAAUAAUGCAAUGUUUGAUGGAAAGCAUUUACAUUUUGAAAAAAAAUGGAUUAAAAAGAAAGAUUAUGAUGAUUUUAUUGACAAAAAUAGGAAAAUUUGUGAUAUAUAUUUAAAAAAAUUAAAAUUUAGAAAUUAUGGAUUUGGAGUUUCUCUAUUUUUUCUUUUUUUCUUGUUGGGAAUUGUAAUUCCCGUAUUAACAGUAUUUAAACCUUUGAUAGAUGCAUGGAAAGCUAUUCAUAAAGAACAUCCAUUGCAUUUUUUGACAGAAAUUACGAAAUGGAUGGAUGUGGAAAAGAAACCUUACAUUUAUAUAAUACUUUUUAGUGUACUUAUGGUUAUGUUAUCUGUUAUGCUAAUAAUAGCGCUUUAUAAGAUCUUAAGAAAUAACGAAAAAUAUAAAAAAAUUAAGUUAAUGACGGGGUUAAUUGACUAA